AUGGCCCCAGCCUGGUCCUUCCUCCUGGCCCUGCUGCUGCUCAGCUGCAACGCCAUCUACUCUCUGGGCUGCCACCUGCCUCACACCCACAGCCUGGCCAACAGGAGGGUCCUGAUGCUCCUGCGACAACUGAGGAGGGUCUCCCCUUCCUCCUGCCUGCAGGACAGAAAUGACUUCGCAUUCCCCCAGGAGGCGCUGGGUGGCAGCCAGUUACAGAAGGCUCAGGCCAUCUCUGUGCUCCACGAGGUGACCCAGCACACCUUCCAGCUUUUCAGCACAGAGGGCUCGGCCACCACGUGGGACCAGAGCCUCCUGGACAAGCUCCGCGCUGCACUGGAUCAGCAGCUCACUGACCUGCAAGCCUGUCUGAGGCAGGAGGAGGGGCUGCGAGGGGCUCCCCUGCUCAAGGAGGACUCCAGCCUGGCUGUGAGGAAAUACUUCCACAGACUCACUCUCUAUCUGCGAGAGAAGAGACACAGCCCUUGUGCCUGGGAGGUUGUCAGAGCACAAGUCAUGAGAGCCUUCUCUUCCUCAACAAACUUGGAGGAGAGAUUCAGGAGAAAGGACUGACACACACCUGGUUCAACACGGAAAUGAUUCUCAUGGACCAACAGACCACACUUCCUCCUGCGCUGCCAUGUCAAGGACUCUCAUUUCUGCUGUCAUUGC